AUGGGUGCUUCGUUGCGACAGCCCCAGGGCUACGCUAGCUUGUCCCCGGCGGCCUCGCCGACGUCCCGACGGCACGGGCGCCUGCCGAUGUUCGUACUGGCACCCUGUCGCACCUGGGCCAACAAAUCGUGUAGCCGUCGUCUCUGGGACAUUAGUAGACUGGUUGCUGUCAUUGUACUGGUUGCCUACGGUAUCCAGCGAACAAUUGCCGGUUAUCGGGGACAGCGUACCUGGCUCCACGCGCCGAUUACGGCAUUGGAACGGAAAUGCCCACCACCGGACUAUCCCACGCUCCGGAUGCACGGGAAUCAAACUGUUCCGGCGGCGAAAGUCAAGAUUUGUCUCACCACACUAACGGACGAAAAGGAAAAACCUUGGUUUCAAAAACUCAUGGCCUACCGCAACUACGAUGGACUCUUGGGCUUGACGUGGGAUAACAAACAAAAGUACGCCGAUAAGCAUGGGUACCACCUGUACGACGAGAGCGCAUUGCUCGAUAAGAAGCGACCACCGGCCUGGAGUAAGAUUCUGGCUGCACAACGACUCCUGAAAGAGGAAUCCUGUGACUGGGUCGUCUGGUUGGAUGCGGAUACCGUCAUUAUGAAUUCGUCUAAACAGAUUGAAGACUUUUUACCCGCCGAUGCCGAGAAGGAUUUUUUGAUUGUGGAAGACACGGGUGGUGGUUACAAUUCCGGUGUGUGGCUGAUCCACAAAUCUGCAUGGUCGCUGAAACUUUUGGAAGAAUGGUGGGGGAUGACUUCGUACGUGCGACCGCCGGGUUUCGCCAAGAGUGGGGACAAUUUUUCCUUGAAGAAUCUACUGGCCGACCGCAAGGACUUCCGACAAAAAGUAGUCGUGCCGCCACGGUGUACCUUCAAUUCGUUCGCCAAGUUUGUUGCACCCCAGCACUACGAAAAGGCUGUCACAAACCUGCAACGGCAAGAGUGGUACAUGAACGAAGCCUACUACCACAAGGGAGAUUUUAUUGCCCACGUGGCUGGUAUGGACAACAAAUACGAAACGUUGGCAAUGCUGCUGGAAGAGGCAGUCUAGUUGUAGAUACUUGGCUAAAUUUUGAGGAUCAGUUUCCGUGCGUUGCAAACGAUGCAC